UGGACAAGGUGAAGAAAAGUAGUGGGAAAUCUCAUUACGUAGAAGCUGACAGCAAGUAUGAGGAGGUGGAGGUGAAUAAGGAGAAGAAGGAGGUGGAGGUGGCCAAGGCGAAGAAAAGAAGAGGGAAAUCUCGGUACGUAGUAGAUGACUGCGAGUAUGAGGAAGUGGAGUUGAAAGAGGAGAAAAAGAAGGAGGAGGUGGUGGUGGAGGAGAAGGAUGAUGACUGGAAGAAAGAGAGGAAGAAGAAAAGGAGUGGCCGAAGUUACCACAUUAUUGAGAUGUUUAACUCCCUUGAUCCAUCAGUGAGGGUGCAGCUGCUUGUGUGUGACUAUGACGGAUAUAUCGUCGGCUUCCGGCGGCAGGAAAAGAGAGUAUGGGGUACAUGGUACCGACUUCGGGGAGAGUACAUGCCCACCUGGCUGAAUCCUGCUGAAAUUAGAGUGUCUGGCAACCACAGCACGGAGACCACCGUGGGAGGCAUUGAUUGCAUCAUGCAUAUGUUUUACGCGCUGGCUCGGUCUGAGAGUGACCUUGCUGAGAUCAAGGCAACCUUGCUCCGGGCUGUCGUGAUGUUUUGCGAAGCACUUCGUUUUCUCUGUAUCCUUCAGAUGGUCAUCGAUGCAAUUGUAAACAACCAAGAUGCCACCCCUCUGCCUAACCACUUCUGGGGGCGCAUCAACAAUUGGGGUCAACUCUCCAGGAUGGCGCUGCAAGUAUGCAAGAACGGCGCUGUUGACAGUCCUACUUUGUUGGGCAGGGUCAUGCACAGAUGCCAAUAUUUUUCAUUUGAGGAGAUCAUUGGAGAUAGGACAAAGGGUGACUUGACACUGCUGAUGCGGAACGAUGAAAUCCUGCUUGACAGAGCAACGUGGGAGUCCCUGCAGGAAGAGGGUGCGGGAGAAGAUGUCCAUGACCCCCGUUUCUAGUUACUGAAGCUCUACCUGCGCCACCUGCUGCAGUUCUUCUCCAACCCUGCUGCUGUUCUUCUCCAAACUCUGCUGCUCUUCGUCUACGCCUCGUUUUGCUGCUACAAUCUGCACCACCCUUGCUGCUGCUCCCCUUCAUGACCAUCAGCGCGACGACAACUACCUCUUCUUCGCCAAUCUCUGCUGAUAAUGUAACCUCUGUAAAUUUUGAUUGGAGACUAUGAUCUGUCCAUAAAUGAUGUUUGGUGCUGCCUUGUCAAUUUAGUACUAGUUCUAUAUGUGUU